AUACAACAAUCAGAUCAUAUCACAACCUUUUUUUCAGUUCCAAUCACAACUUACAAACACAUAUACAUAUACAUAUACAUAUACAUAUAAUGAUAAUGAUCCUGCCUUGGAAUAGAAGAAGAACUAGUCGAAGUUCCAACAAGAACAAUUACAAGCUCUUCCAGGAGAACUUGGACGUGGAAGUCAUGGUUCCUCUGCAUUUCAGGUGUCCAAUUUCUCUUGAUUUGAUGAAAGAUCCUGUCACAUUAUGUACUGGGAUCACGUACGAUCGAGAUAGCAUCGAGAAGUGGGUGGAAUCCGGUAAUUGUACUUGUCCUGUGUCUAAUAAGGUACUGUUGAGUUUUGAUCAGAUCCCAAAUCACUCAAUAAGGAAGAUGAUUCAAGACUGGUGUGUCCAGAAUCGAUCUUCCGGGAUCGAACGUAUUCCAACUCCUCGGAUUCCGGUCUCACACUACGAGGUUUCAGAGACCUGUAAGAAAAUUAUGGUUGAAAAAAAACGCGGCGAUGUAAAGAAGGUGCAGGAAUUGGUUCAGAAAAUCAAGAACUGGGGGAAGGAGAGCGAUCGAAACAAGCGAUGCAUUGUGAGCAGCGACGCGGGCUCUGUUUUAUCGGCUUGUUUCGAGUCAUUUGUGAGUGUUUCGAUGGAGAAGAAUGUGGAGUUGUUAGAGGAGAUUAUGUCAGUAUUGACAUGGUUGUUUCCUCUAGGUGUUGAAGGCCAAGUUAAGCUCGGCUCGCCUGCUCCUUUACGCUGCAUGGUUGGAUUCAUGAAGAGUGGAUCGCUGUCGGGUAGACAGACUGCAGUUCUGGUACUCAAAGAGAUGGUUUAUUCAGGCCAAAUCAACAUCAACACAUUAAUGGACAUUGAAGGUGUUUUUGAAGCCCUUGUGAGCAUAAUUAGGGAACCAAUUUCCACUAUUGCUACUAAGGCUUCUCUACUAACUAUUCUACACAUGAUUUCGAGGCCAUCGACGAUAAGCGAGGAAAUAGUAUCAAGAUUUGUGGAACUGGGUUUGGUUUCUUUGAUGCUAGAGAUCCUUGUUGAUGCAGAGAAAAGUAUAUGUGAGAAGGCAUUGGGAAUUCUUGACAAAAUGUGUGAUUGGGAACAAGGUAGAGAGAAGGCAAAUGAGGAUGCUCUGGCUAUUCCUAUCCUGGUUAAGAAGAUGUUGAGAGUAUCAGAUUUGGUCACAGAGUUGUCUGUAUCAAUUCUUUGGAAACUCUUGAAGAAGAAGAAUGGAACAAGAGAUCAUGAAGAUGGUGGUUGUUUGGUGGUAGAGGCACUUCAAGUGGGUGGUUUUCAGAAGCUACUGGUGCUAUUGCAGGUUGGUUGUGGUGGUGGAAAUUAUACAAAGAAGGUUACAGAUUUGUUGAAGUUGAUGAAUCUUUACAGGGGUGAAGUAGAAUGCUUUGAUUCUUCAAUGGAUUUCAAGUACCUCAAACGGCCUUUCUGACUUUUUUUUUUUGAAAUGAAGGAGGAGGGAUUCAAAGCCUGGUCACUAAGAUGAUAUACAUCGUUCUUACCCUUCCAAGCAGUGGCUCGAAUAUAUGGAUUUUCUAACUUUUUCUUUGUUUUAGGGGAUGAAAAUUUUGUACAAAAAUACACAGUUCAUACUUCAUACUAUUUGACUUGGUCCUAAUGAAAAAGAAUACAAGCUUACUUAAUUGCAACCAAGAAUUCAAUUCAACAGCUUGAUUUCAAUA